AUGAACAGGGAUCAUUUGCUUUUGAACACCUACCGAAGUAACAGUACGUCGGCCAGUUCCAAUGUCCCAUACGAGCACUCUGCAACAAUCAAAUUGCCUCCGUUAACAAAUCAUCAUGUACAACAUCCGCACGAUAUUUCACCUCAGAAUGCAUCCACAAGAACUGGGAUGUCGUCGCCCAUUGCACCAACACCUCAGUUCAACGCUGGAACGGUUGCACCACAAUCUGUAUCAGCUCCCCAACUUCUACCCUCACCCCAAAGCAGACAGCAAGACACAGUCGUUUCUAAUAAUAAUAACUACAAGUUACCCAAGUACGUCAGGACUACAUGGAAACCUCACGAGGAUGUUUCAUUGCUGCACAUCCUCAUCGACAGCAAACAUCAGUUGACGGACCCACAGUUUAUAUCCAGUCCUCGACGCAAAUUUUGGCAGUGGAUUAGCGACCAGCUGUACCGAGAGUCACACAUCUCCAGAAAUACCAGACAGUGCAGAGAUAGAUUUAAUCUCUUAUACAAAAAGACUAGCAAAAGAUUCGCUGCCCAACUGCCCCCUCGUCCACACGACGAAUUGGACAAGCUACUAAAGGUUCUCUUAGACUCCUUUGACUUUAACCCAGAGGGAAAUAUCAUACUCCGCGAGCAACAGGUGCCUUCGUCAUCUUCGUCGUCGUCGUCUGCAACGUUGAAUGCUCCGCAGUCGCAAGAUCAGUACACCCAAGAACAGCAGAACACCUUGGCGCCGACGUUUACAGCUGUUACAACUACUACAUCUCAGCAAUACCCCCAUGGCAACAUACCCAUAUCACCUAUGGAAGAGCACUUAUUGCAAAUGCUUCAUAACUUGACUGCGGAGGUUGGAUCAUUGAGGAAGGAAGUGAAACAGAUAAAACAACUACUUUCUAGAAAGACAUUCACAGACGCUUCACCCAAUAUCUCCAAUUGGUAA